AAACGCAGAGUCAUCAUUCGUUUGGAGAAAAAUACAAAGAAAAUUGAAAAUCAGGGUGAGUUAAGAAAAGGCAAAGGAAAGUGACAUGUACAUGCUGCGUGUGAAGAUGAUUUUCCUCAUUUUGAUCUUUCUUCUGGGAGGGUUAUGGGAGACUGAAGCCGUGUCAGUAACAGGAGUGGUGGGAGAGGAGGUGAAAAUAAAAUGCUCUCACUCGAACGCAUUUAACAACGUCAAAUAUUUCUGCAAGGGACCAUGUAAAAGUGAAGACAUCCUAGUCAAAAGCAGAACAAAUAAGGAUUCAAAUGAGAAAUACAGUAUUACAGAUGAAGGAAACACAUUCUACGUGACCAUCUCUCGUCUGACAGCCGAUGACUCAGGAACUUAUAGGUGUGGAAUUGACAGAGCUGGUCUGGACACAUACAAUGAAGUAGUCCUCGCAGUCAUAGAGGGAAACACACAGGAUCCUGACAAUGACUCACAAUCAAAUUCAAAUAAGCUGGUGUACAUUGGAGCUGGUCUCGGGGUGCUUGUGCUGGCUCUGGCGAUGGUCCUUUUAAUCUUCUUCAGACAUCGAAACAGAGGCAUCCACACAUUUUCUGGAAAGAACCAUGACCCGGUCAAUGCGACAGUUUCCUGUCAGAAACAAGAUGGACACCACAUCACUACUCCCUCUUCAACAGCCAAUGAGUACCGAGAAACAGACAGCAGGACAAACAGCAUCUCUUCGACUGUUCAACACCAAGACUUCGGAGGCGAUCGCUCAGACAAUAUUUAUUCCAACGUCUCCGUUUCAUCCGGCUCUCAGAUCCAACCAGACGGCCUCCUCUACACCACGGUUAGCUUCAACAAACACACAGACGGCAGCGCUGACACACCUGGCACCGCAGAGCUUACAUACUCCGCCAUUAAUCACGACGCAGCAGAUGAAUCCGCAGUCUAUGACAAUGUGAGAACUCAGUUGUGAUCAUCUCAAGUGCAGUAAAAGUCUGUGUGAUGCUCAACUGAAAAUACCCACCAUUCACACAUUUCUGUAAAACUAAAUUCACAGGUUGUUGUGAAUUAAUUAUUCAGAUAAUUCAGAAUGUAUUUAUUGAUUAAGAAAUAUAUAGAUAACUAAAAUAUAAUUCUGGUCAGUAGAUUUUGUAUUUUAACCUAAUAAAAACAACAUUGUCAAAUCAAUAUAGAUAGAUUUUCUUCUGUGAGACGCCUACCACCAAUACACACACACUCACACACACUCACACACACUCACUCAGCUUUAAUGAAAUAGAAACUGAGAAAAGGAAGAGGCUAUAGUGGACAGGUGUCACACCUACAGCUCUAAUUAACCUCAAGACUUCCCGGUUCAUUGUGGGGCUCCAGUCGUGUUUCUAGAAGAGGAUGUAAGCCUUCAGAUUGAAUUUAGACUCAGUGGAGUGGUCUGAGAGUUGGUUAAGGGCAGAGAACCCAGUAGAGUCUAAGGAAAACACAAGCUGAGAGAGAAUGUUUGCAAAGAUCGCAAUAGAGUGCUGGAGGAAGGAGUUGUAAAACCA